AUGUUUAGUGAUGAAAUUAUAAACAGUGAAAUAAAUCGUAUAAGAGUUGGGAAAUCGUUUCAAGUAAAAUGUCCGGAGAUAGAGACCACGAGUCGAGAAAGUAUCAAGGAUAAAGACCUAUUAAUAUGGAAGCCAUCAAUUGAUAUCCCAGAGGAAAAAUUGGAUGAUUACAUUUCGCAAGCUAAAAACAAAUAUGGAUAUAAUGACGAGCAAGCUUUGGGUAUGUUAUUUUGGCACAAGUACGAUUUGGAAAAGGCGACGAUAGAUUUAUCGAAUUUCACGCCAUUAAGUGAAACCUGGUCAGAUGAAGAAAAAGCUACUUUCGAAGAGGCAUUUAAAAUAUUCGCCAAUAACUUGAACAAAAUACACAAAAGGUUACCUGAAAAAAGCAUUGGAAGCGUUGUAAAGUAUUAUUAUGUAUGGAAAAGCGGACCUGUUGGUUCGAUUUUGGUAAGAAAAAAGAAAAAGAAGACUGGAUCAUCGAAAGCCAAUGGAAGUUCCCCAGAUUCAUCAGGAUCCACUGAGGGUAGUAAACAGCACGAUCAUAGAACUUUAAUAUAA